AUGGAGGAGAAGAGGAGACUAACAAAGAAAGAGAAAAAGGAGUUAAAGUAUUUAAGACUUAAAGAGUCAUACAAACAGAAAAAAACAAAAAGAACCAAGAGAAAGAAGGCUCCAGAGGACCAAGUAACAUCAAAGUACAAGGUUUGGAUAGAAGUAUUAGGAGGACUUGAGUUAAUGACAGAGAAAGAGAUGCGCAGUUUAUGUGAGCAGAUAAGGUAUGUAUAUGCAUCUAAUAGGGUAGCACAGUCACCUGUUAAUUUAAUCAUAGGUAAUUCAGGGUUACUGCAGGGAUAUCUCAGGACAGAUGUACAGAACUGGAAGAAUAUUGAGUUUAAGGACGAGUCAAUAACAGACUUAAACAACCCAGAAGGAAGCAGAAAUGUAACAGAUAAUAAAGUGACUGAAGAGAGUAAUGGAAAUAAGCCAGUGACUAACUGUACAAUGACUGAUGAUCAAGUGACUAACUGCAUGACUAAUAAGGAAGGAGAGGUAACUAAUGAACUAUGUGAAAGUAAACCAGUGACUGAAGAGAGUAAUGGAAAUAAGCCAGUGACUAACUGUACAAUGACUGAUUCUGUGACUAAUAGUGCAUGGAAUGGUUUAUCGCAUACGAAUAUUAUUGUGUUAACUGCUGAUGCAUCUGAUGAAUUAACUGAGAUGGAAGAGGACUGUGUUUAUGUGAUAGGUGGAUUAGUUGACAGGAACAGACACAAGGGAUACACAGAAAAGUUAUUUAAUGGGAAGUUCAAGACUGCUAAAUUGCCAAUUAGACAGAAGCUCAGUUCAUCAACUGUUCUUAGCACACUUCAUGUGUUUAACAUUUUAUUAUCGUACAGCCAGUGCAAGGACUGGGAAUGUGCACUGAAAGAGAAUCUUCCCAUUCGGAAGCAAAGCGUUGAUGAGGUAAAACCCGAUCUAACCCUAAAUUCAGAGAGCCCUUUAGAAAAUACUUCAGAGUCACCCAUAGAAGAAUAA